CUGUCUCUCCGCGUUCAUCUCGCGUGCAUAGCAGCAGUCAGAAAAACACAGCAACGCAGAGAGAAGAGAUUCAGAGAGAGAGAGAGAGAGGAAAACCCCUUUUGACCAUUGCGCUUCCGUUUCCAUUUCUUCCAUUGAUUCCAUCAUCCAAAGCCUUUCUUCUGUGAUCGUUCAUCUCAUAUCUGGGUUUAUCUCUGUGAAUUGUGAUCACUCACAAGUCUCAGAUCUUUUCCCGUUCCCAAUUUGGAUUUGGAUACCCAGUUGCGUUUCUCUUUCUGGGUAUACUGUUUUUCAUCAAAAGUUUCGGUUUUGCGAAGUGGGUGAAGUUUGAAAUAAGGGAUUGAUUCAAUCUGGGUUUUGCACAGAUUGGUCAAUCUUGUUAACUUUAACAGUGUGGUUAUGAAGUAAUAUGGAAGUGCUUGUUGCUUGCAUAAUCCAACAACAACAACAACUACUACUACUACAAGAACAACAACAACAACAAUAACAUGUCUCUUUACAUCGGUCGUGAGGCUUCAAAGCUAUGGAAGAGAAUUUGCUCAGAGACAACUACUGAGCUCAACCUCCUUGCUGAGAAUUGGAAGUACCUUCUCGCUGGUCUUAUUGGUCAGUAUAUACACGGUUUGGCUGCCCGAGGGGUUCAUUAUUUUCAUAGGCCGGGUCCUAUUCUGCAAGAUGUUGGAUUCUUCCUUCUUCCGGAGCUUGGGCAAGACAAAGCUUACAUCAGUGAAACACUGUUCACCUCUAUCUUUGUGUCCUUUGCCUUGUGGACGUUUCAUCCUUUCAUAUUGAAGAGCAGAAAGAUCUAUACAGUUCUAAUAUGGUGCAGGGUUCUCGCCUUCUUAGUUGCUUCUCAGUUUCUUCGUAUAAUGACAUUUUAUUCUACACAGCUUCCUGGUCCAAACUACCAUUGCCGUGAGGGUUCCAAACUUGCCACAUUGCCUCGUCCAGAUACUGUCCUUGAAGUUUUCGUGAUUAAUUUUCGGCGUGGUAUCUUGUAUGGAUGCGGUGACUUGAUAUUUUCAUCACAUAUGAUCUUCACUCUUACUUUUGUGCGUACAUAUCAGAAAUAUGGCACUCGAAGAUCCCUCAAGCAGCUAGGGUGGUUGCUUGCUAUUAUUCAGAGCCUUUUGAUAAUAGCAUCUCGCAAACAUUACACGGUUGACGUAGUUGUUGCCUGGUACACUGUUAAUUUGGUGGUGUUUUUUGUUGACAAGAAAUUACCAGAAUUGCCGGACCGGUCAAAUGCGGCUACAACCCUGCUACCAUUGAGCACGAAAGACAAAGAUGGAAAGAUCAAAGAGGAGAACCACAAGCUAUUGAAUGGGAAUUCUGGAGACCCUGUGGAUUGGAGGCAGAGAACUCAAGUAAAUGGCAAGAUCAUGGAUGACGGCAAUACCGACUCUGUCACUAACGGUGUGUAGAUAUAGGAGCCUCCGCCGAACAAUUUGGAUCUACUGCAAUAUUGCUAUUGGAAAGCUGCAACCUUCAAUUGGAAGAUCUUGUUGCGUGAACAUACGUUCUUAAUUCAAAUUAGUACCUCUGAUUUGUAUGUGAAAUUGAAACUGGGUGAUGCUUCUCAACAUUUUGCAGCCCUGAUCCGUUGUCAUGUUAAAUUAUCUGGCACAAAGCAUAUGCCAUAGAAAGUAUCCAAUCUCUCUCAUCUGCAUCA